UUUCUGCUUGAUUCGGGACUCUACGAGAGCAAUGAAGAAGCUGCCACCAGGAGAGAGGUUCUUCAGCGCCUUGAUCAGACUGUUAAAAGCUGGGUGAAGCAGUUGACGCGUCAACGAGGCUAUACGGAUCAGAUGGUUGAGGAUGCCAAUGCCGUUAUUUUCACUUUCGGUUCUUAUCGACUAGGGGUACAUGGACCAGGAGCUGACAUAGACACUUUGUGUGUUGGCCCUUCUUAUGUGAAUCGGGAGGAAGACUUCUUUAUCAUUCUGCAUAACAUCUUGGCUGAAAUGGAAGAAGUUACUGAACUUCAACCAGUUCCAGAUGCUCAUGUCCCCGUAAUGAAAUUCAAGUUCCAGGGAAUAUCUAUAGAUUUGCUUUAUGCAAGUAUAUCUCUUUUGGUUGUGCCUGAAGACCUGGACAUCUCACAUGGCUCAGUGCUGUAUGAUGUUGAUGAACCUACUGUUCGAAGUCUUAAUGGCUGCCGGGUGGCAGAUCAAAUUCUUAAACUUGUUCCAAAUGUUGAGCACUUCCGAACCACACUGAGAUGUUUAAAGUUUUGGGCUAAAAGGCGUGGUGUUUAUUCAAAUGUUACGGGAUUCCUUGGAGGCGUGAAUUGGGCUCUAUUAGUUGCUCGAAUUUGCCAGCUUUACCCUAAUGCAAUCCCUAGUAUGCUGGUUUCUCGAUUCUUUAGGGUAUAUACACAAUGGAGGUGGCCAAAUCCUGUCAUGCUGUGCACAAUAGAGGAGAAUGAACUGGGUUUCCCAGUUUGGGAUCCUCGUAGAAACCCGCGGGACAGAUAUCACAUUAUGCCAAUUAUUACUCCUGCAUACCCUUGCAUGAAUUCCAGCUACAAUGUCUCCGCAAGCACUCUUCGUGUUAUGAAGGAACAGUUUCGCUAUGGCAACAAGAUUUGUGAUGAAAUUGAGCUCAAUAAAGCCCAAUGGAGUGCACUUUUUCAGCCAUAUUUCUUUUUCGAAGCCUACAAAAACUAUUUACAAGUGGACAUCCUUGCAGCAGACAAUGAUGACUUGUUAGCAUGGAAAGGUUGGGUAGAAUCUCGAUUGAGGCAGCUCACCCUGAAGAUAGAGCGGGAUACAAAUGGGAUGUUGCAGUGUCAUCCUUACCCACAUGAGUAUGCAGACACAUCCAGACAUUGUGCUCAUUCUGCAUUUUUCAUGGGCUUGCAAAGAAAAGAGGGAGAAAAAGGUCAAGAGGGACAACAAUUUGAUAUACGUGGAACGGUUGAUGAAUUCAGGCAAGAAAUAAAUAUGUAUAUGUACUGGAAGCCAGGGAUGGAAAUUUUUGUUUCCCAUGUACGUCGAAAGCAGCUCCCUUUAUUUGUAUUUCCAGAUGGUUACAAACGCAAUCGGAUGUCAAGGCACAUAAGCCAUUCAGCUGAAAAAAUGGGUGAGGAUGCCGCAAAGUCCAACCUAGGGUCUUCUGAAAGAAGUGUCAAGAGGAAAAAUGACCAUGAAAUGUUGGAUGAGAAGCUAGGCAAACCAGAGAAGAGGGCCUCUAUCAGCCCGCAGAGGCUAGUGUGUGUCUCUCCAGAAAGUUGUUCAUCUCAAAUGAGUAUUGAUGGUACCAAAGGGGUUAGGUUAGCCAAGAAUGCUGGCACCAAAUGCGAAAUUAAGUCAUCUAAUGGACUCCUAGAAAAUGGAAUAAGUACUGAAGGAGCUUACAUGCAUAUUAGUGAAACAGGUGGUGUUCAUCCCAAAAAUGAUAGUCAGAACUCAAGGUGUUCAGAAGUUCAGAAUGAGAAUGGAGUCAAUAGGAACAAAGCUGGGGAAAUGGAUCUGGAUUGCUUGGAAAGUGCAGAAACUGCAUCUUGCAAAAGCUUGUCAAACUGUAAAGAGAGUGCUGUUGAUAUGGAUCAACGACUAGACAAUACUCAUAAUUUCCAAAGAACUGAAUAUUCAGAUUAUGUACCAACUGCGAGCUCCCAGGCCCUCAAUUGCGAGGAAGAUGAGUUUGAAUUGAAUCACAUGACAUUUGGGAGGUGAAUUGCUGAAAUUAUUCAUAAUGCUAUACCUUGUAUAACUGUGCUGGGGAUGUUGCUGUGCUGAGAUAAUUUGAAUGGGACUGAGGCUGUUUUGGACCCUCGAGUCAGCUUGAAGAGAAAUGAUGAAAGGAGAAACAGAUUGGGGUUUUGGGGAUGGCACUGUGUUGAUCGUUUAUGUACAUAGAUGAAGAGCAUGAUGGAGAUGCCUAAAAUGGUCACAUCCUGUUGUCUGUGAAACAUGGUCUAAACUCAUGUUCAGAGCUCUCAAUGUCUCAAAAAUCCUUUUAACAUAUUUACCUACUUUGAUUUUUAAGGAGUUGGAACUUUGUUGUUUUCCUUUGCGAUGUGGUUGAUACAUCGUGUAAAUGUAGUUUAGUAGUUUAUUUUGGGUAGGUGGUUAAGAAGAAAAAAUGCU